AUGGAUAAUGCCAGCUACCAUUCGAAACAACUUAACAAAAUUCCAAGUUCAAAAUCUAGAAAGGCAGACAUUGUGAGGUGGCUAUCAGAUAAUGGUAUUGAACACAAUCCAGUCCACACAGUAGCAGAACUCCUUACCACCGUGCGGCAGCACAGGCACAAUUUUCCUCCACGGUACGAACUGGACGAGCUUGCGUUGCAGAUGGGUCAUGAGGUUAUUCGCCUACCCCCCUACCAUUGUCAAUACAAUUCCAUAGAGCUAAUUUGGGCUCAAGUGAAAGGGGAGGUGGCGCAAAAUAACACGUCUUUCAAAAUAAAGGAUGUCAGGAACCUUCUAGAAAAUGCCAUGAACCAUGUAACAGUAAAAGACUGGAAGAAAUGUGUAAUUCAUGCUGAAAAUAUCCAGGAAGAAGAUUUUUUAAAAGAAGGACUGCGUGACGAAAUCAUGGAACCAUUUAUUACAAAUCUGCAUGAUGACACUGACUCUGAUGGCUUAAGCGAAGAUGAUGGUUUCCAGUUAUGA